GUGUCUGUCAGGGGCCGUCUGGUGGUUUGCGUGAGAAAAUUUUUUCAUUGAACAAAAUAAAAGAACAUUCGUUUUGAUUUUUUCGAGUCGAUUUUUUUAGCAAAAUAUUGCUAUAGUAAAGUGAUGUACUAGUUCAAAGAUUUAUGCAUCUUGUGGGGCAUAAUUGAAACAUUGGUUGGGAGUCUAGUCAAAAGGGCGACGCAAUGACCGACAAGGGAACGACCACGGCUCAGCCGCUGGUAAAGAUAGGUCAUUAUAUCCUGGGGGCCACCUUGGGAACGGGGACCUUCGGGAAGGUCAAAAUCGGCGAACACCAGGUAACGAAACACAAGGUCGCCGUAAAAAUCCUGAACCGCCAGAAGAUCAAAAGCUUGGAUGUGGUGGGAAAAAUUCGUCGCGAGAUUCAGAACCUGAAGCUAUUCCGACAUCCGCACAUAAUUAAGCUGUAUCAGGUGAUAUCCACUCCGACCGAUAUAUUUAUGAUUAUGGAAUAUGUCAGCGGGGGAGAGCUGUUCGACUACAUCGUGAACAAUGGCAAACUGCAGGAAUCGGAAGCGAGACGGUUCUUCCAGCAAAUCAUUUCCGGGGUGGACUAUUGCCAUCGCCAUAUGAUUGUGCAUCGCGAUUUGAAACCGGAGAAUCUGCUACUGGAUCAUAAUAGGCACGUUAAGAUUGCCGAUUUCGGACUUUCCAACAUGAUGCUGGAUGGAGAGUUCCUGCGGACUUCAUGUGGAUCGCCCAACUAUGCUGCGCCGGAAGUAAUCUCGGGAAAGCUAUAUGCUGGUCCCGAAGUGGACAUCUGGUCCUGUGGUGUUAUUUUGUACGCUUUGCUUUGCGGAACUCUCCCAUUCGAUGAUGAGCACGUUCCGACGCUGUUCAGAAAAAUCAAAUCUGGCAUAUUCCCCAUCCCGGAAUACUUGAACAAGCAAGUGGUGAGCUUACUGUGCCAGAUGUUGCAAGUCGAUCCGCUCAAAAGAGCAACUGUUGAAGAAAUCAAGAAGCACGAAUGGUUCCAGAAGGAUCUACCGGCCUAUUUGUUUCCUUCCCCAGUGGAACAGGACAGCAGUGUCAUUGAUACACAUGCAGUGGCAGAGGUCUGCGAGAAAUUCGGCGUCAAGGAACAGGAAGUGCACAACGCUCUGCUGAGUGGCGAUCCACAUGAUCAACUUGCUAUUGCUUACCAUUUGAUUAUUGAUAAUAAACGUAUUGCUGACGAAGCUGCCAAAGCAGAAUUGAAGGACUUCUACGUGGCAGUGAGUCCUCCGCCAGCACCACCGGUCCAACCGGAACGACAUACUCCUGUGAAUGAGCCCUUCAAGUCGCCUUCUAUUCAUCCGGAAAGAAUUGCCCCGUUAAGAGAGAGACCAGCCACUACUGGCAGUGCCCCGAUACCAUCGCCAAACAUUACUGCGACGGCCAUACCGAUAGAUAAACACCGCGGAACACCGGUUAAACGAGCCAAAUGGCAUCUCGGCAUUCGGUCCCAGUCUAAACCCAACGAUAUCAUGCUGGAAGUUUAUCGUGCCAUGAAGGCCCUCGAUUUCGAAUGGAAAAUUAUCAAUCCCUAUCAUGUGCGCGUCCGCAAGUAUAAUUCACGCAAUGAUAAGUACGUGAAAAUGUCCCUUCAGCUGUAUCAGGUCGACACCAAAAGCUACCUGCUGGAUUUUAAAUCUCUUACCAACGACGAGGUGGAACAGGGAGACGAUGUGAUUAUGGAGAGCCUUACCCCGCCCCCUCCGAUUGGGUUCGGCGGGAUGGGCAUACCGAACCAACCGACCGGACACCAUACGAUGGAAUUUUUCGAAAUGUGCGCCGCACUCAUUAUUCAAUUAGCUCGUUAAGUCAUUUGCAUAAUCGAUUAGUUGGCUGAUGCCAUUUGUUGAUAGAUCAGUAUCCAAAGUUUAUUUUAUGUAUGAAUAAAAAUGAUCAAUAAAAUUGCCAUUGAACAUAUACAGCAAA